CUCCUCGUGCUGGGAGUGUGUGCUACGAUAAGGAAUAAAAUUGACCUCCCGUCCUACAUUUUCCCUCCUCACUAUCUCCGACCAAAAUGCGCGAUCCUAUACCUUGUCCCCAGUGGCUUGCCGAAGCUGUAUCUCCUCUUGCUCAGCGACUGUCUUUCCCAACUCUUCCUCUCCACAUUCACGAAGUUAUUGGAUCAUUCUUUGCCUACUCCUUUAUCAACAUUGUCGUAGCACCAUGGAUUUCCAAUAUCCUCUUUCCAGUCAGAUAUCCGAAAUUAUCGUUAGACCGGAAAAUCAACUGGGACGUCCAUGUUGUUUCAUUGUUCCAGAGUACCUUGAUCACCUUCCUGGCGCUAUGGGUCAUGUACGUCGAUGAAGAGCGAAGUAACAUGGAUUGGCAGCAAAGAGUUUGGGGAUACACCGGGGGUUGCGGUAUGAUUCAAGGACUGGCCGCGGGAUACUUUCUCUGGGAUUUGAUGAUUACGAUCCAACAUGUCAAAGUCUUUGGAUUUGGCAUGCUCGCCCAUGCUAUCAGCGCCCUCCUGGUGUUCUCUUUUGGUUUUAGACCAUUCGUAAACUUCUAUAGUUGCACCUUUAUCCUCUACGAAAUGUCCUCGCCGUUCUUGAACUUUCACUGGUUCUUCGACAAACUUGAUAUGACCGGCUCGAAGGCACAACUAUACAACGGGCUCAUGCUGCUGUUCACAUUUUUCUGCUGCCGUCUAUGCUGGGGAACAUACCAAUCCGUUCGUGUAUACCAAGAUGUCUGGAGGGCUCUUCACCACCAGCCGGCUACAACCAGCAUUCAUUUCGAUGCCCUAGGCAAUGGAACAGCGUCUGCUGCGGAUGCUGCUGCAGGCAAAAGUGCAGUUCCUCUCCACAAUGACAUCAUGCGCUUCGCGGGCGAAGAGUACGUUCCAAUUUGGCUGGCUUUUACAUACUUGGGUAGCAAUGUUGUGCUCAACACCCUGAACUUUUAUUGGUUCACGAAGAUGAUCCAAGCCGUCAAGAAGAGAUUCACGCCUGCAAAGGACCACAAGAAGAGAGAGGAACCUAUGGUGACUAGAAGUACAGGGGCAAACGGGAAGAGCAAAGUCGAUAUCGAUAGCACGGAGGUUCGACAACGACAUGUAGUGGUGGAUGAGUCUAUCGAGGCAAUCUCUUGAUGACAAGAAUGGAGUUCCUGGGCACUAUCAAAUACGGCUAACAGAUCAUCAAGGCGAACCGGCGUUGGUAAUGACAGUUCUAUUAGUCCGCGAUCCCUCUCUUCGAUGAUCUCGUGCUGUACAUCGCAUGCCUCUUUCACAAUGACGAGCUGUCAUCGGAGCUCAGGUACGCCUC